AUGCCCGGUUUCCCUGCUCCAGACAAGCGCUUGCUGGAAUUUGGGGACAGGGUUUGGGAGUUCCGGUUGGUGCAGCAGUACGCAAAUCACGAGCACGUCUUUUUGGCGGUUAACGGGCAGCACGAGAAUGUCGUGAUCAAGACGCGCAAUAAGCGGAGCGUCACCGCUGCCGAGGAGGUGGAGAGCGUCUACCAGGAGUUCAACCUCCUGACACACACCCUCGACCACCCACACAUCAUCCGCUGCGUAAGCAUGCUGCACAGCCAGUCCCAUGUGCACAUGGUGCUCCAGUAUGGCGGCGACUUCUGCAUGGAGCAGGUGCUGUCGAUUCAACCAGGCCGCCAGUUGUCCAGGGACGACGCCGUGGACUGCACCAUCCAGAUCGCGAGUGCUCUGUCCCAUUGCCACGCCAAUGAUGUUACUCAUGGGCAGGUGUCGCUGAGGCAUGUGUCGGUAGAGAUGGCGAGGAAUCGGCUCGUUUGCCGCCUGAUAGAUUCUUAG